AUGAGCUAUAAUGCAAAAUACUUAGUACUUUUAAUUGUUCUUGUUUUCGUUAUUACCUCCACUGAUGUUUCAGAUGCUAUCCCUCGUCAUUUCAUGUAUCUCAGUUCGGAUAAGAGUUUCAAGGAGGAUAAUGAAAUAAUUAAGGAGAGAGAGCUUGUGGAGUUUCAUCUUGACUAUGCAAGAACCGGAGCCAAUCAAGAUCAUGAACCAGGGAAAGGAAGACCUUAA